AUGCUCUACUACAAGAGACGAGCCUGGUACAUUAAACAUCUAAAAACACAUAAUGGGGUUGAAGCACGACAAUCGUCGGUAAGAUCUACAACAUUCACUUCGGAUAGAGUUGACCCUCAUGUAUCCCAUGGUGAACCAUUAACUGGAAACCACCAGGAGUCCAUUAACAUCAGGACACGUCUUAGCAUUCCUAAUCUAAAACAAUCGACUUGGAAAGUUCAUGACGACAACUUAGCGGUCCUGUUAGAGCAUCCGGGCUCGAAGCAGGAAUUGAACUCGCAGGUAGAAACUUUCCAAAAUACCGUUUAUGACUACUUUAGCGAGCAAUAUCCACCACGUAAUCGUUAUGCUCGCAAAAAUAAAGACAAUUCGUUCAAAUUAAAAAUGCGGAAGAAAAAACGGGAAUUAAUAAAAAAUCUACGUAUAGCCAAAGCUCUAGGCGACAAUCACCUUAGUCAUCAACUAGCUAGGGCGUUAAGGUCAAUCCUUAAAUUAAUCCAAGGAAUAUCGGCGCAAACUGCAGAAUAUCGCGAUAAUUUUGACCGGGCAAAACAAGAAGUAGAUUUCGAUAAAAAACCCUUUUGA